CCGACAUUUCCUCAUAUUUGUUUAACCUCAAAUUUCAUGCUAACCACAAAACACAACCCUUUUCACUCGCUCUUUGAAAAAGUCAAAUCAUUUCACAAACACAACAACACAAAUUCAUUAUCUCCAAACUUAGCUCCCGAUUUCAUCUGAAUCUCUCUAAUUCUUCAACUUUUUUUCAUUAUUACUUUAUUAAAUCCAUUUUUUUUGCUAAGCUUUUUCUUCGAUCCUUCAAUGGAUUCUGAGUUCUGGACCUCUCGUCUCGCCGCCGCGAAACGCCACUAUACUUUUCAGCAUAACCAUCCAACUUCUCAUUUAGGAAUAGAUGAUUUUGAUGUUGAAGAAGAGGUGAGACCAGAUUUCCCUUGUCCCUAUUGUUAUGAAGAGUUUGAUAUAGGGUCUUUGUGUUCUCAUCUUGAAGAUGAACAUUCAUGUGAAUCGAGAGUUACGAUUUGUCCUGUAUGUUCGGUUAAAGUUGCACGCGACAUGUUGAGCCACAUAACUCUGCAACAUGGACACCUGUUUAAGAUACAGCGAAGGCGCAGGUUAAGAAGAGUUGCAAUUCCGAACAGUCAGUCAUUGUCUCUCUUAGGUCGAGAUCUCCGGGAAGCUCAUUUACAGGUGCUUCUUAAUGGUGGAGGUGGAUACCGAUCGCAUAGUAACACAGUAUCCAAUGCGUCUGCUGAUCCGUUUCUGUCCUCUUUUAUUUUGAAUUACCCUCAAUGCGAAGCUGAAGAAAUCUCUAAAUCUGUCGUAACAAGUGCUGAAGAUUCUUCUACAAAGAACACAACAACACCUGUACAACAUAUUUGGAAAUCAAGUUUUGAUCAAUCGUUGAGUAUCGAAGAGCGGGAGAAAAGGAUUAGGCAAGCUGCCGGGAGGUCUAGUUUUGUGCAGGAUUUGUUUCUGUCAACCUUGUUAGGCGACUAAGAAUCGAAGCUGUAAGUUGAUUAGAAAUAAUAAUCAAAACAUAAGGUCCAACCUUAAGGAUCUUGAUGAAAGAUGUGUCCAGUGGGAUAAGUUUGGUAAUUGCUGUUAGCUUAAUUGUGAUAUUGUGGCAGCAGCACUUUAUACAUGUAUAGUGCUGUAUCUGAUGAUAGUUUGUUACCAUUUAUUAUUCCCACACAUGUAAGCAUCUUUCUCUAGAGUUGUAUUUUAUUUUUCUUAAAAAAAUGUAAUGGAAAAACUUAAUUUUUUAUAUUGGCUUAAAAUCAUUUUCUAAAUUCAUGAA